CUCCAGAACUAAAGCUUGGAACAUUCAUUCAUAAUAUGAAGAUGCUGCUGACUUUGUUCCUCUUUCUUAUUGGGAGUCAAACUUCAGUAACUCAAACACCUGCCUCUACAUCUGCAGAUAUUGUCCUAUUGGUUGACAGCUCUAGUAGCCUGGGAGACAAGACGUUCCCCUCUGUGAAGGCUUUUAUUAGCAAAACGAUCGGUCUUCUAACAGCGACUCCUACUCAAUACCGUAUUGCACUUGCCCAAUAUAGUGAUGAUUUGCACCUUGAAUUUCAGCUGGACACCCAUAAAACUAAGAAUGCAAUGCUGAACCAUGUCAAAAAGAACUUUGUAUUCAAGGGUGGGUCUGUAAGAACAGGCAAUGCCCUCCAAAAAGUUCACAGUGCCUAUUUUAAAGGACCAAUUAGCAGAAGAGACAAAAACAGAAUUUUAGUAGUUCUGACUUCAGGAAAAUCCGAGGAUGAUGUGGAAAAGCCUGCCAAUGAUUUGAAAAGUGAUGGGGUAAAAAUUAUAGCCCUGGGGAUGCCUGAUACUGAUCUUAAAGAACUGCAGUCAAUGGCUACACCUCGCUUUUCGCAAAAGUUUCGCACAUUGAGGGAUCUUAGUAUGUUUCCUCAAAACAUGACCAAGAUAAUUGAGAGUGUUAUUCAACCACCCCCAGAUGUUAUUCAACCAUUCCCAGAUACUAAGAAAGGAGAAGUUUGCAUGAGUAAUUUUGUUGCUGAUGUUGUGUUCAUAGUAGAUGAGGGGGUUUCAAUACCACAAUCUGAAGAUAUUAAACAAUUCCUGCAAAAUGCAAUUGACUCUCUUGAUGUGCAGAAGGAUUGUGUACAGAUUGGCCUAGUGACAUACAGCAGCAAGCCACGUUUGUUAUCUCUACUGAGUGAAGAAAUGAGCAAAACUGCCAUUUUGGAGAAAAUAAAAGGCUUUUCUCCAAGGGAAGGGAAGGCCAAUAUCGGUGCUGCCAUUAAUGCUACAAGGAAAGACGUCUUCAGUGUAAGAUUUGGAAGUAGAAAGGCCCAAAGGAUAGAGCAAAUAGCCAUUCUGAUCACCCACAGACCUUCUGAAGACAACGUAAGUGAGGCAGCUCUUGGUCUUCGGAAAGCAGGUGUGACCGUAUUCACCGUAGGCGUUGAAAAUGCUGAUGACACCCAGUUAACCCAGAUAGCAUCUCAUCCUCCACAGCUAUAUGUUACUAAGCUGAUGGCAUUUUCUGACCUACCAGGACAAGCCGAAACUUUACAAAAGAAACUCCUGAAUCAAAUUCAAUACAAGAUGUUUGUCCAGACUGAAAGAAGACAACUACUUAAAGCAGGAUGUAUGGACACAGAGGAAGCUGAUAUUUAUUUGCUCAUUGAUGGCUCAACAAGCAUUCAUCCUGCUGACUUCACACAGAUCAAAGAUUUUUUGAAGGACGUGAUUAAGAUGUUUAACAUAGGACCGAAUAAAGUUCGUUUUGGAGCUGUGCAGUACUCGCACAUCAUUGAUCAGGAGUUUGAAAUUAAUGAAAAAAAAACAGUAGAUGAUUUAGAGAAAGCCAUUGACAACAUUAGGCAAAUAUACGGGGAUACCUAUAUUGGAGAAGCUCUCACCUACAUGCAGCCACUGUUUAAAGAGGCAAGGAACCAGCGACCUGGUGGGGUGCCUUGUUACCUCAUUGUCUUAACAGAUGGGGAGUCACAUGACAGUGUAAAGGAGCCUGCUGAGCAGCUGAGGAAUGAGAAGAUCAAUAUUUAUGCUGUAGGUGUUAAAGGUGCAAAUGAAGAACAGCUGCAUGAGAUUGCAGGGUCAAAGAGCAGGACUUUUUUUGUGCAAGAGUUUGAUGCCUUGAAAACCAUAAAAAAUGAAAUUGUUCAAGGGAUCUGUACUGGGGAAGCCUGCAGAGAAAUGAGAGCUGACAUCAUGUUCCUAGUGGACAGUUCUGGAAGCAUAGGGCAAGACAACUUUUCGAAAAUGAAAAGCUUUAUGAAAGAACUGGUGAAGAAAUCUGACAUUGGUGCAGACCGAGUGCAGGUUGGGGUCGUCCAGUUCAGCGGCACAAACCAGGAAGAAUUCCAGCUUAACCGAUACUCUUCUAAAAGUGAUAUUUUCAGUGCUAUUGAUGGAAUGUCACUCAUGGGGGACAUUACACUAACAGGAGGCGCAUUGACAUUCGUGUCUGAUUAUUUCAAGCCUUCCAAGGGUGCACGUCCUGGUGUCAAAAAGUUUCUUAUCCUGAUUACAGAUGGGGUGGCAGGGGAUGAAGUAAAAUCUCCAGCAGAAAAGCUACAAAAUCAAGGUGUCGUCAUCUUCUCUGUUGGGGUAUUUAAUGCAAAUAAAACUCAGCUAGAAGAAAUUAGUGGGAAGCGUGAGCUGGUUUUUUAUGUUGAGAAGUUUGAUAUUUUGAAGCAUAUAGAAGAUGAGCUCAUCUUUGGAAUAUGCAGUCCCUCUGAAGAGUGCAAAAGGAUAGAAAGAUUAGACGUUGUGUUUGUGAUAGAUGAAUCAGGAAGCAUAAGUCGCGAACAGUACGAGACCAUGAAAGAGUUCAUGAUCACUUUGGUAAAAAAAUCUGAUGUCGCUCCAGACAGAGUUCAAUUUGGAGCAGUAAAAUAUUCUGAUGAACCAACAAUGCUUUUCUACCUUAACGAGUACAAUGCAAAAUCCAAGAUUGUGGAGGCUAUCCAGAAAGACACAUCUCGAGGAGGCUCAACGUAUACAGCCAAGGCAAUUGCCUACGCAGAAUCUCUAUUUGCUAAGGAGCAUGGUAGCCGCAAAGACAAGGGAGUUCCCCAGAUUCUUAUAGUGAUAACAGACGGUGUCUCCCAUGAUACCGCACAGCUCAAUGACACAGCCAAGAGAUUAAGAGACAAGGGGAUUAUUAUCUAUGCUGUUGGGAUAAAAGACGCAAAUUCUGGUGAGCUUUUGGGCAUGGCUGGUUCAGAAGACAAAUAUUUCUAUGUGGAUACAUUUGAAGGACUCAAAAACACAUCAGUAGUAGUAUCUGAUACAGUAUGUGAUGAUUCAAAACCAGAGUGUGAAAUAAAAGCAGAUCUUGUUUUCUUGAUUGAUGGCUCCACUAGUAUAGAUCCAGAAGACUUUGUCAAGAUGAAGACAUUUUUGGAAGCUGUAAUUGAUCAGAUUUUUUAUGAACACAAUGUUCAAGUUGGCAUUGCCCAGUACAGUCACUUGUAUAAAAAAGAAGUCAACCUAGGUGCUUUUCCAGGCAAAUCAGAACUGAAAGCUCAAAUUCAGAACAUUGAACAGAUUACAGGAAAUACUUUAAUUGGAAGUGCACUUACAAAUGUGAAGGAAUUCUUUGCCCCGUCAGGCAGCAAAAGAGUAACAAGAAAUGUUCGACCGAUUUUGCUGGUACUCACUGAUGGGGAGUCACAGGAUAAUGUUGCUGAACCAGCAGAAAAUCUGAGAAAGCAAGGUGUUGAUAUGUAUGCUAUAGGAGUUGGGAAUAUUAAUGACUUUCAGCUCAUGCAAAUAGCUGGUGCCGCAGAAAGGAAGUACACUGUUGAUGAUUUCAGUAAGCUGACGAUCAUUAAAAACAGAUUAGUUAACGACAUAUGCCACCCUGUUGUUCCUACAACUAAUUUUCCUUUUUCAAUUUCAGAGUGUGAAAUAAAAGCAGAUCUUGUUUUCUUGAUUGAUGGCUCCACUAGUAUAGAUCCAGAAGACUUUGUCAAGAUGAAGACAUUUUUGGAAGCUGUAAUUGAUCAGAUUUUUUAUGAACACAAUGUUCAAGUUGGCAUUGCCCAGUACAGUCACUUGUAUAAAAAAGAAGUCAACCUAGGUGCUUUUCCAGGCAAAUCAGAACUGAAAGCUCAAAUUCAGAACAUUGAACAGAUUACAGGAAAUACUUUAAUUGGAAGUGCACUUACAAAUGUGAAGGAAUUCUUUGCCCCGUCAGGCAGCAAAAGAGUAACAAGAAAUGUUCGACCGAUUUUGCUGGUACUCACUGAUGGGGAGUCACAGGAUAAUGUUGCUGAACCAGCAGAAAAUCUGAGAAAGCAAGGUGUUGACAUGUAUGCUAUAGGAGUUGGGAAUAUUAAUGACUUUCAGCUCAUGCAAAUAGCUGGUGCCGCAGAAAGGAAGUACACUGUUGAUGAUUUCAGUAAGCUGACGAUCAUUAAAAACAGAUUAGUUAACGACAUAUGCCACCCUGUUGUUCCUACAACUUGUUUUGUGGAUAUUGUUGUGGGAUUUGACAUCUCUUCACAACAGAAAGAUGACCGUUUAUUUGCUGGACAGUUCCAGUUGGAAACAUAUCUCCCUGACAUUCUGAAAGCUCUUACAUCCUUAAGUAGUCUGAGUUGCAAUGUAGGAACAAAGACACAGAGCAGUGUGGCUGUUUAUCUGAUCAACACACUUCAAAAUUCUUCAAAGUUCCAAAUUGACAGCGAGAAAAUUCUGAACAUCCUUAGAAAUCUCACCAUCAAUAAACCAUCUUAUCUCAAUAGCGACUUCCUGGAGUCGCUUUGGAAAACAUUUACAAGCAAAUCUGAUGAUCAGGAUCGAAAGAAGGUUUUACUUGUAUUUUCAGAUGGUUUGGAUGAAGAUGUGGAAAAACUUGAACAAAAGUCAGAAGAACUCAGAAAGAAAGGCUUGAAUGCACUGAUAACGGUUGUUCUGGAAAGAGCCUCUAAUUCUCAUGAGCUUCAGUAUAUUGAGUUUGGAAGAGGAUCUGAAUACAAUAACCCACUAACCAUAGACAAGCAAAAUAUUGCCAACGCUCUAGCCCUCUCUGUGCGCAACAUGGCUGAAAGGAUAUGCUGUUCAGUGCCUUGCAUGUGCAUUGGGGACGGAGGUGCAACUGGCCACCGAGGGGGACAAGGAGAUAAAGGAGCAAAAGGUAUAAAAGGCCAUGCAGGAUACUUAGGAGAAGACGGAGAACCGGGUUUAAGAGGACUGACUGGACUGCCGGGAAAACAAGGGAUUAAGGGAUGCGAGGGUAGUAGAGGUCUUAAAGGAUACCGAGGAAUAUCUGGUCAAAAGGGAAACCAAGGGGACAACGGGAUCGAUGGAGUUAAUGGAGAGCAGGGAUCACUUGGGCAUCCAGGAAUAAAAGGAGAAAAGGGUGACCUAGGCAACAUGGGCAAUCCAGGGCCAAGAGGACCCUUUGGUGACCGUGGUGAGAAGGGCUUCCGAGGAGAUCCUGGGAACCCUGGAUUGAAUCAUAUCAGAAGAGGGCCUAAGGGAUCAAAAGGAGACUGGGGAAGACAGGGUGAAAAAGGACCAAUGGGGUCACCAGGCUCACCAGGCCCUAGGGGAACCCCGGGACCAAAUGGUCGAAGAGGAGCCCCGGGUUUACAGGGAGAGAAAGGAAAGGAAGGUCCAAAAGGUUCUGAAGGCGAACAAGGAUUUCGAGGAUCCCAGGGACUAAGAGGAAUUAAAGGUGUGAAAGGAGAGAAUGGAAGAGAAGGAAAUAAAGGGCUUCAGGGAAAUCCAGGAACUGUGGGCCCAAAAGGAAGUCGUGGCAAUCCCGGAAUUGGAGGAAAUAAAGGAGAACCUGGUGAUCCUGGACAGAAAGGACCGAGAGGACCAUCAGGUCAAUGGGGGAUGCAGGGAGAAGAUGGCAAUGUUGGAUAUGGUCGACCAGGAAAGAGAGGAGCAAAGGGACAAGAUGGAUUCCCAGGAGAGACUGGACUCAAGGGUGAAAUUGGAGAUGCAGGCAUUUCAGGAGAACCUGGGCCAAAAGGGUCAAGAGGAAAAAUGGGUGUUGCAGGUUUUCCUGGUGAGAAGGGUAUUCCAGGAGGCCCAGGACCUCAGGGACGCAGGGGUCGGAAAGGAACAAUGGGACUCAACCCUUUUCAACCAUGUGAGCUCAUUGACUACCUGCGCAAAAACAGCCCUUGUUGGCAGGGAAAACCAGAAUGUCCAGUGUAUCCAACAGAACUAGUGUUUGCUUUGGACAUAUCCCAGGAUGUCACAUCCCAGUUAUUUGAAAGAAUGAGAGAAAUUGUAACAUCAGUAGUGAAUCACACCAAAAUUAGGGAAAGCAACUGCCCCGUGGGAGCCAGAGUCGCUAUUGUAUCCUACAAUUCCAAUAUCCAUUAUCUGAUCCGCUUCUCUGAGUUCUACAGUAAGAACCAGCUCCUUACCAAAAUUAAAAAUCUGGCUUAUGAGAGGUCUUCAAGUGAACGGAAUAUUGUCAACGCAAUGAGAUUUGUUGCCAAGCAUAUUUUCAAACGAACUCUCCCAAGUCCUAAUGUCAGAAAAAUAGCAGUGUUUUUCAGCAAUGGGCCAUCUGUAAAUGAAGUGGCUGUUAACACAGCAGUUCUAGAGUACAGUGCAUUUGAUAUUGUUCCAGUGGUUAUUGCUUUUAAUGAUGUGCCCGUCAUCAGAAGUGCUUUCAUGAUGGAUGAUACUGGAUUGUACAAGGUAAUAAAUAUUGAUCAAGACAGUGACUAUGUGCCAUCACUAGAACCAUUUCGGCGCUGCACUCUGUGUUAUGACAAAUGUAACCCAGAUGGCUUUUGUGAACGCCGCAUCUCCCGAUCACCACGGACAUAUGUGGACGCUGCUUUCAUUUUGGAUAGCUCCCAGAAAAUGAGCGGUGUUGACUUUGAGAAAGUGAAAAACUUUCUGAGCAGAAUACUUGAUAACUUUGACAUUUCUUCCAACCCAGUUUCUUCCAUCGGCGAUAGGGUGGCUGUGGUGAGCCAUGCGCCACCAGAUUUUAAUCCCCGCUCAUCGAGGAAGAGCCCUGUAAAGGAAGAGUUUAACUUUGUCACCUACAACAGUAGACAGUUAAUGAAAAGACAUAUCCAAGGAUCUGUGCAACAGCUGAAUGGACCUGCUGCUCUUGGCCAUGCCAUACGCUGGACAAUUGAUCAUGUUUUCUCACCUGCACCCCACCUCAGACAACACAAGGUUAUCAUUGUUAUAUCGGCUGGAGAAACAAGUCAGUGGGACAAAGAAACGUUAAAGAGUGCAUCUCUGAGAGCCAAGUGCCAAGGAUAUUCUCUGCUUGUAAUUUCAUUAGGACAUGCAUAUAACCACAAAGAAUUGGAAGAGCUGGCUAGUAUUCCCACGGAACAGCAUUUAAUUGAACUGGGCAGAGUCCACAAGCCUGAACUUGACUAUGUAGUGAGGUUUAUGAAACCAUUUGUGCAUCUCCUCAGACGUGCAAUCAAUGAAUAUCCACCAGAAGAGCUCAAGAGAAAUUGUACCAGAAUCAGGUCUCAUGAAGUUCUGAAACCAGUACCUACACCAAGGGGUGAACAAGUUCCCCUUCUUGGAGAAGAGGACUUGUCAGGAAGUGAUGUCAUGCUUGGGGAUGAAUUAAUUGGUUAUGAGCCUUCAACACAGAUAUUCCAGGAUGAUCUAAGUGAUGAUCCUCUAAAUACCAACAUUUUUGCAACCAAUAAACAUCAGUCCUUGGUACCUAUGGAUAUAAUGGAGAAUGCUUCCAAGACAAACGGAAGGAAAGAAAACGUGAGUCUUAUCUGAUGUAAGUGGAAAGGAAGGAAGAUAUCUCCGUAAUCCCUCACUGAAUAGUGGACAAUUUAACCUUUGGAUCCCUCUGGAUAACUUCACACAUCCUUAGAAUAUUCAACUAAGGAAAAGGAACUAAAUAUACCAGCUCUUCUCUGUCUCUUCCUCCUCUUCCACCCAGCAACCUAACUUCUUUCCUGUCCUCUGUAAACUCAGCACACCAGGACAGAAAGAGGACCUGUACACAAGCAGGCACUUUCCUGUCACCAUUCAUCACCUUUGUCAAUUAGCCUUAAGCAUAGAGCUGUUUCAUAGCUCCGUGGCCAUUCUAACUACCUGCAGCUAUUCAUUAUCAUCUGUUGCUCUCCCCUGGUUGUUUCCCAAUGUGAGAUGGGGCAGGACUGGUAGCAGUGGAACAGGCUCUUAUGUGACUCUGCCUUGGCCGCCUCCUACCCCAGACCUAGAUCUUCUCAGGGAACCACACAUUCUCAGCAAAAUGUGAAGACCUGUCCCACUUGAACUGUUGUGACCAGAAUUAACUAACAUUAAUGAUGUGAACAUGAUCAAAUAUUCAAAUGGCACCAAGGAAGAACAUGUAGGCUCGUGUAUUAUAAACAUAGUUAGGAUUUUGGUUGGAUUUGCAGUCACUGCAGUUUACUGGUUGUGUUUCCAGAAUGCCAUGAAGAGCGCUGUAUGUAAAGUCUCAUGGCUGAAUAUUAUGGCAAUUGGAAGUGGAAAUAAACAUAUUCUUGGAAAAUAUUGAGCAUAUUGAAAAGCAAAGGGCUAGUCCUGCUUUAACUCCCUUAACUACAAUGCUUCAUGCAUACAUAGUGCAGUUCAGCUGAUGGUCUAAAAUGCUCUAUGGGAGCAAAGACUUAUUUGGAUCCAAUUAGGUUACAGCUAACAUAGUUAAACUUGGCUACCUGGAGUUAAGCAUAUACAUAAAUGACCUAGUUUUCAGAGUUAGUGCCCAUCCACUGCGCUGAUGGAGGUUUCUGAAAUAUUUUUUUAACAUAGCUGUAGAGAUUUCCCUGGAGUGCAGAAUAAGGUACUGUUGUGAUGGCGUCUGAAUGGAUCUCUACUAUGUAGCACAGAUGCAUCAUUUUUUUCUGCUGUUCUGAUUAGUGUUAUACAUUCUUUUGUAAUAUAGCGCGUAUCCAUAUCCUCAGACAUCUCCCCCUAUGAUGGGGUUUUGUCCUCACAGGUGGAAAGCGGACCUAUAAUUCCACCUUUCUGCCAACUGCAGAAGCAGUGUAUGUAGUGAGGGCAGAGGAGUUGAGCUCAUGUUGAGAAAGAUUGAAAGGCACUAAUAACACCACUGCAUCUAGCCUCCUCAUUGCUCUUUCCAGCAAAGGAGACACUGGCUCCAUGAGCUGCCCUGAAAUCUGUUCUCAGCCUGACCCUUUUGGAGAGGUGCAUAGUACAUGCUCAGGCUAUGUAUGGCAAGAGGCAAAGAUCGGGCCAUUGGUCACUGUUUUGGAAAGACACAGUCUACCUUCAUACAACACUGAUAGGAAAGAAAAUAAAGCAUGUCUUUUCAACCCUCUGUACGGACAGUUUCAUCGUCAUCACACAGACAAGGAAUUGCUUGUUUGUUUUACAGAUGUCUGGAACCAAACACAUUUUAAACAAUGAAACGAUUAAAUAUGGCAGUGGGGCUGAAGAAACUACCUAUGCUGCAUAGCUCCGACCUCUAAAAAUUCCCAUAUUUGCCCCCGACAAUGAUUUAUUGACUGUAAUCAUAGAAGCAAUGUGGACAUAAUCUGUCAGCUAUAGAAUCAUUUGAUUCCUUUAAAAAUAAGCAUUGUUAUUUUAAAAAACUUGACUAUGUCCAUCCAUAUGCCUCAAAGGGUCUGUGGCUCUGUAGUACAGAAUGUGCUCUACUCCCAUUUGUUUCAGUGGAAAGUGAGGACACUAUGAAAUUAAUAGGGCCGGGCCCUUGAGAAACCGUCUCGUUCCCAGGUCUGUUGUGCUUUGUGAGAGGCAUCAGUGGGUGUAACGCUUCUCCUUCCGUGCACAAAGUGGAGUGCAAAUUCCUUACAGUGAUAUUUUACUUUCCAUACUCCUUUUACAGGUGUAAGUUGCAUUACAGGAAGAAGGCUUAUCAGUCAGUGCUGUGCUUUUCCAGAUAGAGUAACUAUUUAAUUGGCGACUGAAUUAUUUCCUUUAGAUUAGGGGUGGGGAACGUACGGCCCAGAGGCCAGAUAUGGGCCCUGGGUUGCCUAGAUCUGGCCCCCACGGCUUAAGGCCUCCCCCCUCUAUUAGGAAGCCCAUGUUAGCACUUGAGCUUGCUCUGCCCUCCCACAGUCUCUUACUCUCAACUGAUUUUUCUGUGGGUCACCAGUCCCUGACUCAGAAAACAUUCCCCAUCCCUGCUUUAGAUCAAGGAGCGCUCUAAAACAACAGUGAACAUCUAACAGGAAGCAUCUAUUGUCCUUUAAACAUAAGGCUUGUAAAAAGAAAUUUUCCAAUGUAAGUUCUUUCCAUCAGAAAAUGUUGAUUCCAUGGAAUUGAAGCAUUUCACUCGAUUGUGUCUAUUCCAUCAAAUUUUGAUGGAAACCUAAAAGACUGGCCACUGCUGGUCUGGCCAGCAUGCCAGUCUAGAAGUUUUCAACAGUGUCUAUUCCACAGAAAAUUCUGUAUUUCCAAUUCCUUGUUCUGAUUUGAAACAACAAUUACGGGUUUUAUGUGAGAAAACUUUCACAAAUGUACUUGUAUAGGGACAAUUUUACCAUAUACCUUCUAUCACUAUGCUAGCAUCAUACGGAGCUAUUUAAUGUGUGUUACACAGCAUGUCAAGGUACCAA